GGCGGAGGUGCGGGGUGGCCACAGUCGCAUCAGCAGCGCUCGCCCCAGUAGGAUGGCGUUCGACAAACCGAAAUAGUUUGGACACAGAGCUUGAAGCCAAAGGAUGAAACUGGCAGUAUGAGACCUGAAUGCUGCCAAGGACUUGAAGGGUGCCAGGACUGAGGCUGAGUGUCUUUCAUCCCAGUCAGAGUCUUGUUCCACUGCAGGAGCAGAGCUGAGGGUGCCCAACGCUGCUGUCCAGAUCCCAGCACGCCCUCUGCUCCCAGACAGACGUCCCCUCAUUGGCCCUAGAGAGAAAAACAAAGAGAGAGAGAGAGAGAGAGAGAGAGACACCCACAUCCAAGCCUACAUCCAUAACACCCCUUUAACGACCCUAGAGAGAGAAACAGAGUUAGAGAGAGACGCCUACAUCCAAGCCUACAUCCACGACCCCCCCCCACACACACACACACACACACACACACACACACACCACUGCGACCAUGACCGACACGCCCAUGGUGGAUGAGACGCGCAUUAGCCUGUCCGUCCUACGCAGCCGUGGCAUUUCGCCCGUAUCCUGUUAAUGCCGACCCCGUAACCUUUCACCCUCAACCCCUGACCAGGUGAGCGGAGUGUAACGGAGCGAUGCCCUCCACGGUGUCGUGCCUGUACCUGGCAACUGAACCCCAUUAACGUUGACCCCUUGCGGCCUAUCACCCCUUGACCCCUGACCAGGCGAGCGGAGCGAUGCCCUCCAAGGUGUCGUGCCUGUAUCUGCUGACGGUGCUGUGCUGGGCGAGCGCCCUGUGGUACUUGAGUGGCUCGCGGCCAUCGUCCUCGUACAGCGGUCAGAUGGCCGGCAUUCCCGUGCGCCGCUCGUCCGCACGCGGCCUGUCCGGCGCCGGCAAGAACCUGACCUACGGCAACGUGCACUCGCGGCCACUCAACCCGCACGCCUUCCCGUUCCUCAUUAACGAGCCUGACAAGUGCCAGACGCCGCCAGCCGAGGCGGCCGCAGGGAACAGCACGCCCCCCUUCCUCGUCAUCCUCAUCAGUACCACGCACAAGGAGUUUGACGCACGACAGGCGAUCCGUGAGACGUGGGGCGACGAGAGCACGUUCGGCGGCGAGGUGCGUGUGGUCACCCUCUUCCUGCUAGGCACGCACCCGGACCCCGUGCUCAACCAGAUGGUGGCGCAGGAGAGCCAGGUGUUCCACGACAUCGUGGUGGAGGACUUUGUGGACUCUUACCACAACCUGACGCUCAAGACCCUCAUGGGCAUGCGCUGGGUGUCCACCUACUGCCCGCUGGCGCGCUACAUCAUGAAGACGGACAGUGACAUCUUCGUCAACAUGGACAACCUCGUGUACAACCUGCUCAAGCCCGCCACCAAGCCGCGGCGACGCUACUUCACUGGCUACGUCAUCAACGGCUCGCCCAUCCGUGACAUGCGCAGCAAGUGGUACAUGCCGCGCGACCUCUACCCCGAGAGCAAGUACCCGCCGUUCUGCUCGGGCACGGGCUACGUGUUCUCGGCCGACGUGGCCGAGCUCAUCUACAAGACGUCGCUGCACACACGCCUCCUCCACCUGGAGGACGUCUACGUGGGCGUGUGCCUGCGCAAGCUGGGCAUCCAUCCGUUCCAGAACAGCGGCUUCAACCACUGGAAGAUGGCAUACAGCUUGUGCCGCUACCGACGCGUCGUCACCGUGCACCAGAUCUCGCCCGAGGAGAUGCACCGCAUCUACAAUGACAUGACCAGCAAGAAGCACUUGAAGUGCUAGCCGAACGCUGGACUCAACUCAACAGGACUAGGGCUGGUCAUUACUGGACUCCCUGUGGAGGGGAGAUAUAUAUACGUAAGGACCUGGUCUAGGUCAGAACUAAAGCCCAGGUUAAAACAGCACCUUGGCCCAGGUGUAAGUUGACUAAGACUUGCUAGCGCUGUGUGCUAAGUGCAAGACUGAGUGCUGAGCCUUAGCCUGGCCCUAAGUCCCAAUGCUAACGCUAGCAGUCAGAUUGACUCCUAAGACUCCAUGGUGAUGAGCGAAGACAGUGAGUUAUACGCUGCAUCUGAAUGAUUGUUGUUGUUGUUUUUUUUUUUAAUUUACAGAGGUGAGAGAGUUUUGUUUUUCUGUCUACUGUCUUUGAGCAUGAAUGAAUCCCUAUGGGGCUCUGGGGAUAGAACGGUGCACAGUAGAAACAAACAGCUUCACCGCUUUUCAGACACGCUUAGAAAAACAGCACACUCUAGAGAGAAAAAGACAGAGAGAGAGAGAUUGAGAGAUAGAGAGAGAGAGAGAUAGAGAAAGACAGACAGAUGAGAUGAUCAUUCUUUUCAUUUUCUGAGGCUUUAGUCAUGCAUAUAGUCCCAUGGUACAGCAGACUGUGGAGAUUUGGGCAGGAUCCGGACCGCCACUGUUGAGACCCGUCUGGGUAUUAAGUCAUCAUGCUGAGGCUUAUUUGAAUAAUUGACAUGAGAGGGACAAACAAAGAGAAUCAUAAAAAUGAGAGGCACAGAGAGAGAGAGAGAGAGCGAGAGAGAGAGAAAACAGUGCACAAAAUUCAGCCAAAUUCAUCCAUCAAGCUUUGUGUGCGAUAAUCAGGCAGAUCCACACACACACCGGGGUCAAGUUGGACCGCUUGUCUGGACACUACCCUGCCCAGCAAAGUGCCAUCUGGCCCGCCUCAUUCAAGCGCUCGUCUCUUAGCCCUUUGUGGUCUGCUAAUUAAUUUGCGUGUGUUUGCUCGCCGCUGAGCGGGAGUAGGGGAUGUGAGAAUCAGAUCUGUAAUCAGAAGGACGAGUCUGGCAGAGGAGCGCAAGGGAGGGGAGAUGAGCGCAAACACUGUUUGUUCAUCUCCACUAGUCUCCUGGGCUGCAGUAUAAACACACACACACACACACACACACACACACACACACACACACACACACACACACACACACACACA